AUGUCAUUACCCUCGGGGGACCCGGACCCCGACACAGCAGAACGCCCGCUGCUCCAGCAUGAUUCCGAUCGCAAUGACAGCGGGUCGGCAGUGGCUGGUCCGCAAUCGGCCGUAACACGCCGAAUCUACAUCUCGCAUUUGCUUUCUACCUGGAAUUCUCGCGUGUUUGAGUUCGGGUCUAUCUUGUACCUGGCCUCGAUCUUUCCCAAUACUCUGCUGCCCAUGUCAGUCUAUGCGCUCGCGCGAGGGAUCGCAGCCAUCCUCUUGGCUCCGGCGGUUGGACAUUACAUCGACACCGGAAACCGUCUGGCCGUCGUGCGGUUUUCUAUCGUGGCUCAGCGUGUGGUUGUGGCCGCGUCCUGCGCAGUGUUCUGGAUCCUGGCAAGAGGGGACCUGAGCCUGCGGGCGUUGAUGCCGUGGCUGCUGACACUUUUGGCGCUGCUCGCUUGCGUCGAAAAGCUUUGUUCCGUCAUGAAUACGGUCUCGGUUGAAAAAGACUGGGUUGUGGUCGUUGCUCAAGGCGAUGAUCUCACGCUUCGAGCGCUCAAUUCGCAGAUGCGCCGCAUCGACCUCAUCUGCAAGUUGGUCGGACCGUUAAUCAUCGGCCUGGUCGACGGCCUGUCCACUGAGACUGCCAUCAUCGUGAACUUUGCCAUGAACAUGGCAUCGGUCCCGGUCGAAUAUUACGCCAUUGCUAAAGUCUACCACACAGUGUCUGAUCUACAGCAGCCGAGGCAGCCCUCCGGAGACGUCGACAGCGAUGCCGACCCAUCCCCACGACCCUCGUCGAUCAUCAGUCGGGUCGCGGGGGCCAUCCGUGCGUUUUUCCGACAAUUGCGCUUUUACUUUGGGCACCGAGCUUUGCUUCCGUCGUUCGCCGGAGCGCUUUUGUACUUCACGGUCUUGACAUUUGGCGGCCAAAUGGUCACCUACUUGCUGUCGGCCGGCUACAGUUCCAUGGCCAUCAGCAUCGCCCGGACGGUGUCCGUAGGAUUUGAAAUUUCCGCCACGUGGAUUGCACCGGCCGUGACGGCGCGUAUCGGCCCCAUCCGGAGCGGUAUCUGGUUUGUCAGUUGGCAGCUGUGCUGUCUGGCGGCGGCCGUGUCGGCCUUUUGGGUCGCGGAGUCGCCCAUUUGGGCGGCUUCCAGUCUGGUGGGAGGGACGAUGCUAAGCCGCGUCGGACUGUGGGGCUUAGAUCUCUCGGUGCAGAUCAUCGUGCAAGAGGAGGUGGAACCAGCCUACCGAGGCAGCUUCUCGUCGGUGGAGGCAGCCUGGCAGAAUGCAUUUGAGCUGUGUUCGUACGCCACCACCAUCCUGUUCUCUCGACCCGAUCAGUUCCACUGGCCUGUCGCCAUCAGCUGCGUCGCUGUCGCGAUGGCCGGGGGGAUGUAUGCGGGAUUUGUUCGCAUGCGGCGCGGUCAUCUGUUCCAUCCUCCGCCCUGCAUCGCCAUGCUGGACAAGCGAACGCGGCCGAGGUAUGAACACCUCUCGAGUCCAAGAACUAUCGGCCCUGUGUAG